CCCACCAUCCACCCUAAUUCUCCCCCCUCUUUGUCUCCUUUUGCGGCGUCGUCAAUAUGGCGCCGCCCUGCGAUGCACCGGCGUCGGCGGACGCGGUGGACCUUGGCACGGAGCCGGCGGAGGCGGACCUGAACAUGGAGCUGAUGAAGGCCGCAGACGCCUGCGACGUAGACCGAGUAAAGGAGCUCCUCGCCUCUGGCGCCAAAGCGUCCUUCAUCCACGACCCCCCCGGGACCUGGGGCAGCUGCUCGACGCGAGGCCCGCUGCACGCGGUGCUCCUGGCCAGGCCGAGGUCGCCCCGGGACGGCGGCGGGGCGGAGGCCGGGGAGCACGGGCGCCGCCUCGGCGCGUGGCGCGGGGCCGUGCAGGCGCUUGUGGAGGCCAAGGCGGACGUCAACGCGCAGCAGAGGGAGUACGACUGGCGCGGCUGUGGUUCCACUUCGACCGCGUUCGAGCUGGCUCUGCCGUUCCUGAUGCAGGACCCCGAGCUGCUGAAGCUCUUCCUGGCGAACGGAGCCGACGCGAACGCCAAGCAGGUCCGCCACAUCCAUUCCAUGCGGACCGACGCUAAGUUCAGCGAGCACGUGCUGCACAAGUGCGUUGCUGGGCGCAACCUCGAGGUGGCCAGGGAACUCCUAGACAACGGGGCCGACGUGAACGCCAUCGCGAGGAAGUGCGCCAACAACGAGCGCGGACACAACCAGAGGAAGGAGGAGACCCCGCUGCACCGCGCGUGCGAUUCCAGCACGCCAGAUUUGGCCAUGUGCGCGCUUCUCAUCGCCCGCGGGGCUGACUUGAACGUCAUGCGCGAGGAUCUGGAUCAGGUGGCGUCUGGAGUGGAGUCCCCCACUGACGACCCGCGCGAGGAUGGCUUCGUGUCCAGUGUGAUCUGCGUUCCGGUGAAGGAGACGGCCCUGCACAUGGCAAUCCGCAACAGGGCGCAGGACCUCGUGGUGCUGCUCGUCUGCGCCGGCGCCAAUGCCUCGUUGCAGCGGCGCUUCAGAGCGGGGGGGCGCUUCAGCCAGGUGUUACCAGCUGUGCCCCCUGGCCUCAACGCUCAGCGCGGAUUUCUUGGAUCGGCGUCGGGCCCCCCACGCGCCAGGGAUGUGGAUUCAGAGCGGGUUUCCGAAAGACCACGCUUGUGCGGAGUGUUUUCCAUCCGAAAGUCUUCCCAAGAUUCCUGGGGGGUCCCAGGAGGCCUCAAGAGCGCCCCUCGCGAUGCCCAGCGAGCCUGCGGGGCUGACGAGUGGCGCGGUAAGCCUUGGGCCAGGGCCACUCCUGGCAGCAUCCGGCCCAGGAUGAAAUGUUGGACCGUUGUUCGGCUUCUGAGUGGGAGUUCCACGUUCGCGAAAGCGCAAACAUGCAUUGAGGCGAGAGGAUUUCCAUUUGGCCCCGCUUUGUGCCAACAUCGGUUCGCGCGGUCGCCAAUUCAGGCGGCAUUGGCUCCGCGGGCCCGGAGGGGACUGAUUCCCCCCGUGCCCGCGUACCAGACCUACGGAUGCGCGGUCCAUCUCAGCGCGUGCAUGAUGCGUGGUCACGGUUGGGCGCAGCUCGAAAAUCUGGCGAGCGCGGCGUCCACGGGAGGACGAGUUUGAGAGAAAGUGGCUUGUUGCAGGCUCGCGACGCUUCGACGCGGCAGAGACGCCAGCGGGGGCGUUCAAGGUUCAGCACCCUCCCGUGGCCCGUCUCGGGCCGUGGAACCCACAGAGAUUGACCUACGAUGCGAAGUCCAGACGAGAGAUGAGGUCGCCAGCCUCUGAGGGACAAGGACCCCCCGCCCACGGUGGCAGAGUCUUCCCCGCCCCCUCCUCAUGCAACCAAUCGGGUUCUGGACCCCCUGUUUGGGUCACCAAAAAAUACAGGACCGCGUGGGUUGUGCACCAGCACGGGUCAUUGUUGGACAGAUAUGUUGGCCCAGCAUCGGUGCAUGCGUCCCCCUCGUUUGGCCGGGAAGGCGCAGGUUCCGGCAUGUUGCCAAUCAUGAAAUUGGUCAGGAGUUGUGUUUGUGCAUAGUCAGUUUCGUGGGCAAAUUCUUGAAGUAGAUCAGCAUAUGCCUACCCGAUCCUUGCAGGUGCUAUGGGGAUGUCAAGACAUCUUGCGAAGAUCUAUGCAAUGGCGACGAGGAUCUUCUCAAGGCCCUGUCGACGGAGUGGAGUCAGGACGCGCACAUGCUCUUCCCCCCCGCGGUGCAGAAGAGCGUGGAGGAGGUAUUCCGUAUCCGGCGGAGCCAGAACGUCACGUGAGCACGCAAGUUUCGGGUGUCCGCGGGCGGUGUUCCCACCUGCGCCCUCCGCGGACGUCCACUUGUGGCAGAAAGCCACCCGCCGAGCAGCGGUCGUCGGACUCGGACAAAGCAGUUGCUGCCAGAUGGGUCCAGGUCAAAGACAAAUCCGUCCCAGAGUGUUCCGGAACGCUCCCAGAGCGCUCGGGAACUCUCUGGGCAGGCCGCGGCGCUCGAGGCAACCUUCAAAGCCGACAGAUUUCAGAGAUUCAUUGGCUGACGCCGCACCGCCGACCCCUUGGGGCGGCA